AUGUUGUUGAAAAGGAAUUGGUGGAUCACAAAUUUUGUAAGAUACAGGGCAUCAUUUUCAAAUUUUAAGCAAUGGAAGGACCUUAUGGUUUUCAAGAGGAGCAACGGUCACAGCGUUUGGAAUUUACCCAAAUUUAUUCCUCAUGAGUACGGGUUUAGACGAUUAAGACGAAAACCUCCAUUUUUCAAAAUUAGAAAAUAUGCUCAUCCAAAGAUUACUGCAAAUUACAGCCCAGAUAGGGAUAUAAUGUAUAAUAGAACUGUGUUUAUAAGAUACGGAUGGAUAGAACAUGCAAAAACAUUUUACAACAUCAAGGAACACAUUGAAGAAACCUUUCAAGGUAUAAAUGUGGUAGGAGUGGCAGAAGGAGAAGGUUAUGGUAUCGCAGUAGUGAGUGAAAGAGGGAAAACACUGUUCCACGUAAACACCAGAAGAGAUUUGGGCUCUGUUUGCAAUGAAAUUUCUCAGAAAAUACUGGAAGAUAUUUAA